AUGCUCAAUCAACUACAGGGUGUUUCGGAAAGCAGUGCUAUUCCGAAACAAGGGGGAGAAGAUGUUAAGGAAAAAGCACAACCUAAGCCUCAGGUUAUGAAGCCUACUGAUGAGCAACAUGAGGAUAAGCCAAAGAUAGAUGCGAAGGUUAAUGAAGCUUCGGGAUCUAUAGGAAAAGAAAAGCUGUUAGAUGAUGAUGAUAAAGUUGAAGAAGAAUUGUCUGAAGGUGAAAAGCUGAUAAGAAAGAAACUUGGCAAGGUUGUCACACCCCCAAACCGGAACGACUAA